AUGUGGCAAACAAUCAAUCUGACUGAUUACGCUGAUUCUUCUCUUAUCGAUAGUGAGACAGUGAAAUUUAAUCUUUCAGCAUGGCUUGGUGGCUAUGUGCAUCAUAAUGAUAGGGCUGCAGUUUCAUUGACUUUCGAUGAUCAAGCCAAUCAUAUGGUAGGAAAUGUGACCAGUAUUGGACCUGUUGACAAUGUUGAUCGAAGCAAUGUAACAUCAUUUCUCUUUCAGUAUACGACUGGAUUGGUGCCUGCCGGGGCUCGUUCAGUAACAGUGCUUGUCGUAAUUACUCGUGCUAUUGGACCUAUCAAUGAUGGCUAUGCCGAUGACAUCGGUGUCUUCUUAUACCAAUAA